AUGGAUUACAAUAUGGAAGGGCAAAACUUUAGAAGCUGUUAAUAGAUUGUACUCUAAAGAUGGAAUAUUGUCAGGGCUGUAGAACGAACUAAUUAAUAAUUAUUGGAGGUAAAUUUAUUAAAAUAAAACAGAAAUUUACGUAUGUGGAGAAUAAAAUCAUUAAAAAUAGAAAGUUUGAAAAUUUAUUAAUUAGUAUUAUUUGAUGUACGUGGGGGUUUGUAUAAAUAAGAUUAAAAGGAUGGAAAAUGGAUAGAUUUAAAUGACAGCGUUUGGAAGUAUUGAUUUAUUAUUAAUUUAUUAGUUAGAAUUAAAUCGUUUAUAAUGGUGAAUAUAAAAAUGGUAAUAAGAUUGGUUUAUGGAAUAUUUUAUAUAAAAGUAAAGACUCUAAUUACAAAAUCAUGUAAAAUACUUUUAUUUAUUUAGUGGUGGAGGAUAAUAUGAUGAGAAUGGCUAAAAAAAUGGUAGAUGGAUAGAUUUAAAUAAUGUGUUCUGGAAGUAAUCAAUAUUUAUUUUCAUUAAUUAGUAAAAGUGAAGUAAUUUAUCAUGGUUAAUAUAAAAAUGGUUUAAAGAUUGGUAAAUGGGAUACGAAUGAUCUACAGAAUACAUAGAAUAACUAAAUAUCUUAUUCUAUAAUCUUUUGA